UAGUUCUUUUUAGCGUCCACGUGUUGGACUGUUGUGGUUAUGUAGUUGACAUUUGCCGUCAGUAAUUUACUCUGUUAAUUUUAAUAGUUGCAAUAAUUUCAAGUAAAGCAUGUCUACCUGUAGGAUACAUAAUGUUAGAUUUUAUAAUCUUGAACCAAAAUCUAUAACUUGUCUGUGCUACGAACAAAAAACGAAAAAGUUGGCUCUUUCCAGGAAUGAUAAUUCUAUUGAGAUAUGGAAUGUGGAAAAUGCACCCUUUGUGGAGCGUACAAUUGUUGGUCAUCCAGAAGGUUCGGUGGAAGCAGUUUUAUGGGUAGACCUUAGGCUUUUCUCUACCGGUCUUCAUGGAAUGGUCAUGGAACACGACUUGACAAGCUUAGGUGUUAAAUAUGAAACUGUUGUUACGGGAGGAGCAGCUUGGUGUAUGGAUGUAAACAAAGAAAAGACACGGUUAGCCAUUGGUACAGAGGAUGGAUAUGUUAAUACAUUUACCGUGACAAGUGAUUCCUUACUUUAUGAAAGAAUCUUUGACAAGCAAGGCGGCCGAAUAUUGUGUAUUAAGUGGGAUAAUACUGGGGAAAUGAUUUUCUCUGGUUCGAUUAAUACAGUCAGAGUAUGGAAUUCGGUAUCUGGCCAUGCAAUACACAGAAUGACGACAGUGAGAAAAGAGGCAAAGAAGGGAACAAUAAUCUGGUGCCUCGGAGUGACCUCUGAUAACUUUAUUGUUUCUGGAGACUCAUGUGGUGUACUAUCGUUCUGGGAUCCCAAUAUGGGAACAUUAAUGGAGUCCCAUGAAAGUCAUACAGCUGAUAUACUGGCACUUAGUGUCUCCCAAGAUACAGAUGUAGUAUAUUGUGCAGGUGUCGAUCCUGUGGUUCGUAGCUUUUCCAAAAUCAUAUUAAAAUCCAGCGGAAGAGCUCAGUGGGUUAAAGGAAUAGAAAGGAGACUUCAUGUUCACGACGUAAGAGCUUUAAUCGAAGCAGAUGGAAAAUUAUACUCUGCCGGAGUGGAUGGUUACUUAGCACAAUCAUCUUAUCCACCAAAAAUGCUUGUCAAGUAUCCCCCACUUCUACAACCACCAUGUGUCACAGUUUGCAAGAAAACUAGAUGCAUCCUACUGCGAUACACAAAUUACUUAGAAAUAUGGAGACUAGGAAAAGCUAAUACAUCCUCGCAGAAUAAAAUACAAGUGGGAAUGACGCAUCCAUUGGAAGAAGAACCAAUAAAAUUACUCGAAUUAAAAACAAAAGGUAAUGAGAGUAUUGUCUCCUGCGCCAUCAACAAGGAUUCAAAGACCAUUGUCUAUUCAACGAACAGUCAUGUCAGGAUAUUUCAUUUCGACGUCGUCGAUGGUGACGCGCAAUUAUCCAGAAGCGAGCCAGAGAUUCCUCUCAAAAGGAUACAAAAGAUGCUCUUUAGUCCAGAUGGAAAAUUAUUCUUAGCGAUUGUCAACGAAGGAGACGGAAACUCCAUGUUUUUCUUUAAAGUCAAGCAGAAAUGCUUGAGCCACGAAGGAACUAUUAACAUUGAUAAGGAUUCCCUGAAUGCUGUUAGCCUUGUGUGCUUUUCCCCAAACAGUAAAUACCUUAUUUGUACAGAUCACCACAGUCACAUUGUAAUAUACACCAUCGAUUCAGAUCUUUCCUCAGGAUCAUUAAAAUCCUGGAAACUUCCCAAGUACAGGUACCCUCCAACAGCCAUGGCUGUGCAGGCGGACACCCUUAACCUGGUUGUCGUAUACUCUGAUCAUAAGAUCAUUGAGUACAAUAUUAGUAAACGGAUGUACACGCAAUUCUCAAAUAAUCUGGAAGGACACUUACCGAAACAAUGGCUGACCAGACCUUUUCCAAUAACAAACGUAACCUUCGAUCCCAAUAACGAGAACGUUAUAAUAGUCCACGAUGACACAACUGUGUACGUUAUUAACAAGAACAAGGAACUUCCGGAAAGUGAAUCGAAAAUACCAAGAUUGGAAAACGGCGAUUCUGUCGAAGGUAACAACUCAGGGCUCGGUUCUCAAUCGCAGCACGCUUUUCAUGUUGCCAAAAAAUAUAAGCAUCUGGUGCACUUAGACUGGCUAAACGAUACAGAAAUGGUGGCUGUGGAAGUAAAUCCUAUUUCACUAACAGAAAAGCUGCCUCCUACACUCAAACAAAAGUCAUUCGGCAUAUAACUAACGUUCUAUUUCUGUUGAGGACUCUUAAUGUUUGUUUUUUAAGAGAAUAAAAACAAAAACACUUUACAUAAA